UGCACAGGCAAGUAGACAAAAGGGCAAAAGUAAAAAAGAGUUGUCCAGUCCAUAUUGGAGCAGUGUGUUUCCCGCCAACGAGGAAGAGUGAAGUCAAAGUCCCACCAAUAGGCCACCAUACCAGGGUUUUGCAAGUCUGGAAGGGCAGCUAUCGUGCUCCCAGAAAAUGGCUUCAUCUCCAUGCGCCGACAAUCCUCCGCCGGAAUCUUCCUCCGCCGACACAUCAGAAAACAACCUCCAGCCAUUCUAUGUUCUCCACAAAGCCUCUCAGCCUCUAUGCUCCACUACCAAAUCAAUUCGGGGGAAGAGGAAGACCAAAUCCACAGCUAAUGAAUCUCAAGAGAACAAAGACGAUAUCCACCGAAAGAUGGAUGCUUUUCGCUCUGUAUGGUUCAGAAUUGAACACUCCAUCAAGGAUGUCUUGAGGAGUAUAAAUGCGGAUGCUUUUGAUGAGAUAGGGAAAUGGGUCAGUGAGUCUUUCGAUGCAAUGCGAGAGUGCACGGUGCCUGAGAUCACCACAAAAGCCAGUCUUUCUUACCCAGUUCUAUAUACAUAUAGUGGGGCUAUAUCUCAAAGAAGAUUAUUCACUGCCCUGGUUUUCACCAAAAAUAUGGAAAUUGUCGAUGAUAUAUUGACUUUUCAAGAACUCCGUUUACAAAUGAUAUCUAAUGGAUGCCAUGUGGCUACCAUCUCAUCAUUGGACUUCUGCCUUAAAAAUGGCAUUGGAGGGUGUUUAAGAAGUUUAUUGCGACAGUUUCUUUCGUUAGACAUUGAUGCUGCAGACAUUUCCCUCCUGGCAUUAUGGUACAGCAAGGAUGGAAAUAGUGAGAAGCCAUUAGUUGUCAUUAUUGAGGAUCUGGAGAGGUGCUGUGGUACUGUCUUGUCAGAGUUCAUAAUUAUGUUGAGUGAAUGGGCAAUUAAGAUCCCGAUCAUCUUAAUAAUGGGUGUUGCAACAAAUAUUGAUGCCCCUAGAAACAUACUUUCUUCACAUGCACUUGAACGUUUAUCUGCAUGUGCAUUUGUGUUGAAAUCUCCACCCGAGAGGUUGGAUUCAGUAAUUGAAGCGGUUUUUAUCAAGCAUUGGGCUGGAUUUAGUGUUGGUCACAUGGUCGCAACUUUCUUAAGAAAUUACUUUCUAAGACAAGAUGGGACAGUAACAUGCUUCAUUAGAGCUCUGAAGGUAGUUCUUGUUCAACUGUUUUCCAUGGAGCCUCUUAGUUAUAUGUUAAAGAGGCUAGUUGAUGGAGAAGAAAAUAAGGGAUCAUGCAAAGAGGAUCUUGCUAAAUUUUCACAAACAUUGAUCAGACAUGCCUUUGAACUACCAUCUUAUUGCAUUGAUUCAGGAAAUCGUCAGGCAGAACCAGAUGUUUAUUGUCUCGAAAAAGGCUUAUUGGAAUUAAAGAGAUUAAAUGAUCUAUGGGGAUCUGUAGUGAUGUGUCUAUAUGAAGCUGGAAAGAAUUGUAAAGUUGCACUACUGGAUUUGUACUGGGAGGCACUAAAUCCCGAGCUAUGCAAAACCUUAGUUUCAUCCCAUCAACAGAAAGGGGGAAAUGACAUGCUGACAAGUAAUCACAGUUUAUCAGGAUUAUAUCAUGCUUCAAAAAAGGGCAAGUCCAUUGAUCAGGUCAUCCUUAACCUGAGGGCUUUACCUACUGCAAAGUUGGGCCAAUUGCUUAAAACUUGGGAAAAGCUUGUUGAGGGCAACAAUGAGGUUCAAAUGAAAAUAGAUGAACUGCAAUCAUUGGUGCAAAGUGCAGAUAAGAUGCAUUCUAAGAGAGAAACACCAGAUUCAUCAAAGAGACAUAUAUCCCAGGGCAGAAUGAAAAUGGAAAAGGAUGGGGGUGUAUUGAAUGAGAGAGCUGUAAAUUUGGCUUGUGACAUGAUGAGGAAAUUCAUGCAACCACUUGAGUCUCUACCAUUUCAUGAAAUUGUGUGCUUCAAAGAUGUUGACAAGCUGCAAUCAGCUUUGACAGGAGAUCCAAGGAGAAGAAUCCAAAGAGAUCUUCUAGAAUUCCAAAGAAUACUGAAGUGUAGUUGCUGCAGCAAGGCUGGAAUUUUACUGUCACCCUCCAUGCAUGAUACCUCAAUCAUGUAUACACUGGCUCAAGAGCAUGGCGAUCUCAUCAACCUCCACGACUGGUUUCAGUCUUUUAAGGCUACUGUUUCUUGCCAGAAACAACGAUCAAAGCAGCCUCCUUCACCAAAAAAGAGAAAAGUUUCAAGCAUUCCUCAAAACAAAUCUGAAGCAUCAAUACAAGCAAGGUUUUGCAGGGCCAUAAUUGAGCUGCAGAUAGCAGGCUUACUUCGGGCACCCAGCAAAAGGCGUCCUGAUUAUGUUCAGAGGGUAGCCUUCGGGUUGUAACUUUUAAUUCAGGUAAAAAAGUUGAUCCUUGUUUUAAAUGCAUAAUUUUUUGUUCUCUUUGAGAUAAUACAGUUAAGGACUUCAACUGAUGAAGUUGGUGUUGAAUUUUGCUAUUCAUUUUUUUAUUUACAUAAUGUAAAUUUACAAAUAACACCACAUAAUUAUUAAGCUUUGGAAUUUCAUCUCAUUAUUUCUUUGUAAGAAUGUUGUGCCAUGAAGGAAAUCUUGACGUAAAAUGUUGCCUCUGUUUUUCG